UUGAAAAAAAAUAAAUACUCUAACAUUUUACUCGUUCUAAAGGACUACAGCAAAAAUGUCGCACAUUAAGGGACAAUGUUGUGAUGAACAAGAGAAAAAACUUACCGUGAAGUACAAAAUCAAACAACUGGCUUAUCCUACAGAAAAUUUACAAGAUAUAAGACGUACAAUAAACGAAUUGCUCUCUCGAAAUCCAAAGUGGAAAAAAGAAUGGGUAGACGACGCUACUUUGAUUAGAUUUUUAGCAGCAAAUAAAAAUGUCAGAGAAGCCGAGAAAAAACUUGUGUCGUAUUUUAAUUGGAGGUUGGAACAGGCUGUUGAUGAUAUUACUACGGAAGACGAAGACGUGCAACGCGAGGAUGCAUUGAAGAAGGCCGCUAUUUUAGAAAUUCUUGAUUACUGCGGUCACCCAAUUAUGAUAAUGUUCAUUCGAAGACAUGAUAAACAUCACAACAAUUAUCAAAGCGCGUUCAAAUUUUUGAUCGAAAAAUUGGAAACCCUAGGCAAACUAGCUGACCGUUGUUUGGAUAAAAAGUUUACGUUGAUAUUCGACAUGAAGGACUUCACAAUGAGAAAUAUGGAUUAUCAAUUCGUGAAAACCUUUCUUCGUUAUCUCACUGAUUAUUACCCCGACAGGCUGUAUGCGGCCUUGAUUGUUAACUCUCCCGGCAUCGUGGAGGGUUGCUGGAAAAUCAUAAAAGUCUGGUUGAAUGAUACCAUGAGAAGUCGUUUCAUUUUCGGUGGUAAGGAAUUGAUCUCUGAUUUUUUAGACGCAGAAAAACUUCCAGUAGCAUUGUUCGACUAAUAUACAAAAAAGAAGUUUACGAGGAGAAAUUUGACUAUAAAUGUAUUUUCAGUUUAAUUAAGAAACUUAAUAACGGUGGCUUGGUAACCAAGUAUUUUUUUCAGAAAUGUAUAAGAAAUGGCGUCCAUUUGAUUUGAAGCGCUUAUAUGACAAAUAGAGCUAAAAUGAAUUUACUUAUUUCUUUAAAAAAUAAACGCAAUCAAGACACAAUGGAAUUUUUUUAAAAUAUUAAUCUCGUUCCCAGAGCUUCUUUUUCACUCCCUAAAAUGCACGCUGGCGCGAAAAAAGGACAUGGGAAUGAGAUUGUUUAUAAUAUAUGAAUUGCAUAUUUUUAAAUAAUCGAAACAGUUUAUUUGGCAGGCUUGUCUACUGCAAGCAAAUUGCUGACCAUCAAAAGAACACCAUAUGACACCACUCUUAGAAACAAUAUCCUUGCUACACUGCCUUCCCGAUCUUUCAAGUUACACAUUUGUUAAAAUUUUGAUUACUUCCCCUCUCACACUCCCUGCUCAAAUGCUACUUUUAAAACAUUUUUUGGACAAAAAUACUGUUUCCUAUUUAAAAGACAAUUCAAUGAAUCUUUUUAAAUCAUAAAGCACAGAUUACAUCUGUAUUGAUAAUCAACGGAACAUUUGACACGCCUGCAAGCGGUUAUAUCAGUAGGAAUGAAAUAUUUCCAUAAUGUAAAUUCACGUUAAAGAUCGUCUAGAAUCGCUUUCCGAAAUUAAAUUACACAAGAAUGUGUUGCAUAGCCAUAAUCAAAGUUAAGUCAACCGACUGUCGUGUUUUUUAUUUUUCAAAAUAUUUUUAACGGGUGCUGGAAAGUGAAGGCGCUUACUUGAAAAACAUGACAGCUGUACCGUUGCUUCUCAAACUCUAAAAAUAGCUCUGGACUUCCAGGAUUUACUGCAAUAUCCUUAAAAAUUAUU